UCAGGCAUUGAUGCAGACAGGGUGUCAUUGUUUGUGAUGGGGAGAGAUUCAGUCACUCUACACACUGAUGUUAAAACAAACCAGCAAGAAAAGAUUAAAUGGUUUUUUAAUGACACUCGCAUUGCUCAAAUCAGUGACUAUCUCAGUAAGACCUGUACAGAUGUUCAGUGUAAUGAAGGCACUAAGAGAUUCAGAGGCAGACUGAAGCUGGAUAAUCAGACUGGAUCUCUGACCAUCACAAACAUCACAACCACAGACUCUGGACUUUAUAAACUACAGAUUAUCAGCAGCAACAGCAUCAGUGAGAAGAUCUUUAGUGUCACUGUCCAGGGUGUGCCUGCAACGGAUAAAAUGAAGACCAAGUCAGUGAAGGAGGGAGAUUCUGUCACUUUAGAUUCUGGUGUAAUAAAAAACCCAAAUUAUUUGAUGAUGUGGUAUUGUGAUGACACUCAUAUAGCUGAAAUCGCUAGAGAUCCCAGUAAGAUCUGUACAGGCGAUGAGUGUGAAGAUGCUGACGGGAGAUUCAGAGACAGACUAAAGCUGGAUCAUCAGACUGGAUCUCUGACCAUCAUGAACACCAAAACCACAGACUCUGGAGUUUAUCAUCUUGAGAUCAUCACCAACAGCAGCAGCAUCCGCCGCCAGUAUAGCAUCAGAAUUAUCAGCGAAAAGAGCCUUCGUGGAACUGGCUCUAAUGGGAUUGUGUUUUUUCUUGCUAUAGCAGGAGUAUGUGUUGGUGUUCUGCUGGUGGUUGCAGGUGUAUCUGGAGAGUGCCGCAGAAAACUUGACUGUGUAAAGAGUUUCUUCUAUCCCUCGACAAAUAAUCAAACAGCUGUCCUGUAAUUGCACAGCAUCACAUUCAAAUCAUCUUAUAAUUUACCGUGAAAAGCCAUA